AUGAGCUCCCAAGUUGGAUCCUCUGGGGCGAGUGGCUCGAGCAGAAUUGGACGUCCCGGAUCUGAAGACGCUGAUGAAGGAUACAGUAACAUUGAGACUAACAGCCGCCAUUUGAGGGGAAUAAAACCUGUAGAUUUAGCUGCUGAGGAAAGAUCAAGAAGUGUGGAUCAGCUGAGAUUUACAUCCAGGACAGCCGCAGGAGAACUUCCCCGCAACUCCUCUAGCUCAUCCAGAGAAGCGGAUCCAUUCUGGGUGGACGUGAGAACUGGAGCAGCAGCCAGAAGAUUCCGGCAAAGCCACCCGACUCGGACGCCGAACCCAUCUGUCACAAGUUCAGAGAUAGGAGAAGAGGAAGUAGAGGAUGGAGAGGAAGGAGGAAGUGGUGUGAUGGAGGAGAUGAGUCAAGCUGUGACCUCAGUAGCUGUGCCGGCAUGUGUUCCUUUUGGGGAGAGGAGGAUGAAUAAAAGAGAGAAGAACAGGAUGAAGUGUCUGAGGAGGAGGCAGAGGAGACGGGAGAGGUGGAGACAGAGUCAACUGCAGGAGAACAGACAGAGUUCAACAGGAAACGCAUCCAGCAGCAGCAGUGAGGAUGACGAGGACGUGAGCAUCGGGGACAGAGAAGGCUACAUCUGCGCUGUGUGUUUGGAUGUUUACCUCAGCCCUUACAUGUGUCACCCCUGUAACCACAUCUUCUGUGAACCCUGUCUGAGGACACUGGCUAAGAACAGCCCCACCAACACACCCUGCCCCCUCUGCAGAACAAUCAUCACACAUGUUUUCUUCCAGAAGGAGCUAAACCAAACAGCGAGGACAUUCUUCCCAAAGGAAUACCUUUCUCGGAAACAGAAUUUCCAGAAAGCAAGUUGUGCAAAGUGGCCACUGCCGAGCUGUAGGAAACUAUUUCGCAUCUUUGGAGGCUUCCAGAGGCCGUCUAGCCCCAUUGCUCGACGCCAGUUCCCCCAUGGAGGAGGCUACCGUCUGGACGCUUUGGACUUUGAGGAUGACUCUCGUGGCUGGCGCUUUGACAUGGACAUGGUCAUCAUCUACAUCUACUCUGUCAACUGGAUUAUUGGAUUCUUCAUAUUCUGCUUCCUUUGCUACCUCUUCUUCCCUUCUUUUUGAAACUCCCAGCAACACUGGUGGAGGCUGAAGACACUGAAUGCUGAGGGUAAAAUACGGAAUUAAAGAUGU